AUGAAAAUAUCUGUGAAGAAAAGACUGAAAAUACAUGUUAAGAAAAGGCUGAAAAUAUAUGUGAAGAAGACAGAAAAUAUCUGCAAAGAAAAGACUGAAAAUAUCUCUGAAGAUGGAACUGAAAAUAUAUGUAAAGAUGAAACUGAAAAUAUCUGUAAAGAAAAAACUGAAAAUAUCUGUAAAGAAAAGACUGAAAAUAUCUCUGAAGAUGGAACUGAAAAUAUAUGUAAAGAUGAAACUGAAAAUGUCUGUAAGGAAACAACUGAAAAUAUCUGUGAAGAAAAGACUGAAAACAUCUGUGAAGAAAAGACUGAAAAUAUCUGUAAAGAAAAAACUGAAAAUAUCUGUGAAGAAAAGUCUCAAAAUAUCCGUGAAGAAAAGACUGAAAAUAUCUGUAAAGAUGAAAUUGAACAACGAAAAGGAACUAAUAUCAAAACACAAGAAGAAAAAGAUGUCUCUGAGACAACAAUUGAUGAGGAAACUGCAAAUAAUGAACAUGCUUAUGCUUCUACCACUCAAAAAACUGUAGUUACUGAAGAAAAUAGUGAUAGUGAGGAUGAUAUUUCUUUGGUUGCUUUAAGACAGAAGGUUAAAAAAAGUGUGUUUGAUGGUGAUACAUUUGGCAUAGAGACUGUUGGUAGAGCAGAUCAAGUUUCAGAUAUCAUAGAUUUUGAUCUUUUGGAUGAUAGAGAUUCUGUGUUGGGCACUGGUCAAGAUACGGAAGCAGGGAUUGAAGAUCAAUCAAACAAUGAAGAUGGGUCUAAUCACAUUAUAAUAAAUGAAAAGGGUAAAAGGCUUUCUCGAAGGAAAUCAAAAGACCCAGAUAAUUGGAAACCUCAGUUAGAAAGCGUCUAA